GUCAUAAAUUACUUAGUAAUUCAUACUACCUCCGUCCCACUCUCUUUGUCCACAUUUGACUUUUGGAACUGUUCAUUUAAGCACUUUGACUCAUCAAAUUUUCUCAAUGUGUAAGCCUAAAUAUAGUCAUGUGUGAUCUUGUUUGAUUUGUCUUAACAUAUAGAUUAUUAAUAUAUAAUUUCUAUAAUUUUUUAAUAUACAAAUUACAAGAUAAAAUGGAUUAAAGAAGUGCAUUGGAUGGUGUGCCAAAAGCAAGUUAAAAUGAUAUGAUGAGUAGAGGAAACAUGCUGUUGGGAAUUGGGAUUACCUUCGGGCAAAAUACUCCACCUAACCGGAGACAGAGCUCUCAAGAGAAUUCAAGAAUGGGGAAUCCGAAAAGGGUCCUCUUAUUAUGCGGCGAUUAUGUUGAAGACCACCAUGUGAUGGUUCCAUUUCAAGCACUGCUCGCUUACGGAGUGGCCGUCGACGCCGUUUGCCCCGGUAAGAAAUCCGGCGAUAUUUGCCCAACUGCUAUUCAUCAGCUUGGUGGUCACCAGACAUAUUCUGAGUCUCGGGGUCACAACUUCACCCUCAAUGCAACAUUUGAUGAAAUAGAAGUGUCAAAGUAUGAUGGGCUGGUCAUCCCAGGAGGACGUGCACCAGAAUAUCUGGCUCAUAACGAAUCAGUUUUGGAUUUGGUUAAACAAUUUGUCAGCUCUAAUAAACAAAUUGCGUCUAUCGGCCAUGGGCAAUUGGUCUUGGCUGCUGCAGAUGUAGUUAGAGGCCUAAAGUGCACAGCUUGUCCUCCUGUUAAACAUAUUCUUAUAGCUGCUGGUGCACAUUGGAUAGAGCCAGAGACAAUGGCUUUAUGCAUCGUUGAUGGGAAUCUAAUUACGGGGGCAACUUCUGAAGGGCAUCCUGAGUUCAUCAGGCUUUUUGUCAAGGCACUUGGAGGCAAAAUAUUUGGUUCUGGCAAAAGAAUUCUAUUUCUCUGUGGGGAUUUCAUGGAAGACUAUGAGGUAGCAGUACCGCUCCAGUCCCUCCAAGCACUUGAGUGCCAUGUUGAUGCAGUUUGUCCAAGGAAAAAAGCAGGUGAGAAAUGUCCUACCGCUGUUCAUGAUUUUGAAGGUGGCGAACAAACAUACAGCGAGAAGCCUGGCCAUGACUUCACCCUAAAUGCUUCUUUCGACCAAAUCAGUGCGUCUAUGUAUGAUGGGCUUGUCAUUCCUGGUGGCAGAGCUCCUGAAUACUUGGCACUAGACAGCCGGGUUCUCAGAUUGGUAAAAGAGUUUAUGGAGUCUAACAAACCAGUUGCAUCAAUUUGUCAUGGACAACAGAUAAUGUCUGCCGCAGGUGUUCUCAAGGGAAAGAAGUGCACUGCAUACCCUGCUGUAAAGCUGAAUGUGGUUCUGGGAGGGGGAACAUGGUUGGAACCUGAACCACUAGAUCAAUGCUUUACAGAUGGAAAUCUGGUCACUGGGGCUGCUUGGCCAGGUCACCCGGAGUUUGUUUCUCAGUUCAUGGCAUUGCUUGGAGUGCGUGUUGCCUUCUGAACUCGGAUGAAGGCGGCUUGUGUUGAUCGUGUAUGCAUGCUCGUCUGCCACUUUAUCAAAGCAAAAGUGUCGUUUUGGAAGUCCUUGAUGGUCCAUCCGCGACAAACACCUCGGUACGUUUUCAGACGUUGUUCAAUGACUUCAAUCUUUGCAUCAAUCAAGCAUAAAACAAGUCGUGUAGUUAGUUACGGUAAGGAUUAACGCAACUAAUAUAUAAUGCAUGCAUGUGAACUUGAGCUGGAUUCAUACACCGGCGCAUACCAUGUGAUCUGGUGUAUGCUAGUAUAAUUUAUCUAUCUAUAAUAAUAAAAUAAAGUAGGGGUUUGUGUUUGGCAAAAUAUAUAAUUCCACCCUACUACCUUUUCCAUUUUCAAUAUAAUUUAGAACAAACAUAUGUUUUAUCUUAUCUUACGACAUACACACACUGCCUGCUCACCACUAUGUGAUUGGUGUGUGUUAUGAAGGAAUGUGCUCAAUAAAGUUGUGGUUUAUUUGUGUGUGCAAAUAUUUCUAUAUAAUAUCGUGUCGUUUAUUGUACGAGUUUAAUAUCAUCAUGUCGAUCUGAGUUUUUUUUUUUUGCUCUGAACAUAAAUAUAUUAGCGUUGU